AUGUUUAGUUUUCAAAUCGAUUUCAUUGAUUCGAAAAAGAAUGGUGGCAAAUUGUUGGUCAUCAAUGGCUUUCGAUUCUUUCGCAACAAAAAGCGUGGAUCUCGUCAGUAUUGGAAAUGCAGCAACUAUUAUAAAGAGAAAUGCCCUGCCAUUGCAAUUUACGAUGAGACGACGCUGAAUCUGCGUUUGUGCCACCAGCAUAAGCAUGUGACAAGCAAUGAUAUCGAAAUUAAACCUUUUCUCUCUAAAGACUGCACAUUACUGGACGAGAGUCCUAUAGAAUCGUUGCACGAAGACCUUGUUGAUAUUAAGGUUUAGAAGUAUAUCUACAAAAUACCGAAACGUGGCCAACAUUACAAAAAAAGACAUUUUUAAUGUGAACUGAGGAUUGGAAAUACCGCCAUACCAAAAUAUUAACACCUUACAAAAUUUAUAUUUAAAUAUGGAACUGUUAAAUUAGUAAUAUUUAAUACAUAUGUACAUACAUAUAAGAAGAAAAUUGCAGAAAAUUGAAUUUUGACAAAAAAAAAACGAGGCAAAGAAAAAAUAAUUCGUAAAUCAUUCUAAUAAGUGUGUUUAAUAGUGGCGUUGUUGUUGUAACAGUGAUCGAAUAUGUAUGGUAGUUAAUGUAGUGGCUGUUUAAUUUGUUAACGAAAGUUCCAAAUUAGUUAUAUAUUUCAGGUUUAUAGAAAAUUAUUUUUACUACCAAGAAAUAUCCAAGGAAAAAAAGUUGCGUGAAGGCGUAAUGCUGAAUUUCAAGGAAAAAAUGCUUGCGUCAUUUAAAAAUUCCAUGUGGCUACGAAAUCAAUGUUUAUUUUUACUAGCCAAUUGGCACAAGCAUUUAAAAAAAGGAAGAAAAAAAUGAAAAACGUUCACCUUGGAAAAUCGGCCAUCAAACCACAUACAUAUGUCUCAGCAAGUUUUAUAACGAUGUGUUACAACAUAAAGAUAUAUAACAAACAUACCCGCAGAGAGAAUCGCCAUGGUUCGUAUUAGGCUCCCAUAAGAGGCGGAUGGAUUCGCAGAAUGCAUGGCUAUAUUUGACAUACUAAUCCGGGUGGAAUCCCUCUCCAACUUGACACCGCGAAAAUACUACUUAGUACUCACCUUUUCGAUCUUCACUUGAAAUAAGCACCAAGCUAGAAAAAAAAAA